CACCACCGGCGGCGGGGUCCUGAAGUCGGUAACCACUCGGACACAGUUAAACAAGUUCAGAGACGUCGACGGGGCUGUUUCGACUCCUGGCGCGCCACCGCUCACACAAACGGGAAUAAUUUCGGUUUAGCGCGAAGCACGAGAGGAGCGCGGGGCGUCGUUCGCGAGACUCCCGCCAUGGAUCGGAGACUUUUAACGGUUCUUCUGCUUUCUCCCGUUAUCUUAUCGAUCUCAACCGGAGCAGCAGAUCAAGAGUUUCAAGCAGAGGACUGUCUCUUGGAGAAGUCGUAUACGGAGUGUGGCUACAGUCAAGGCAAAGAGGACGAGUUCGACUGGGAGCAGAUGAACACCAAGCAGAAACCUUCAUCGGACCUCUGGGUACCAUCAGGUUCGGCGUUUAUGAUGGCGAACACUUCUGGAAGAUUCCCUGGACAGAAGGCCCAGCUCUAUGUCCCUCAGUUCAAAGAGAACGACACGCACUGCGUCAUAUUUCAGUAUUACGGCGCCGGUCGAGAGGGUUCGAGCCCCGGACAGCUCUACAUCUAUGUUAAAGAGAACACCAAUCCUUUGGGCGUCCCGGUGUGGAACUCAUCAGGACUGGAGCUUCAGAAAUGGCAGGAGGUGGAGCUCGCCAUCAGCACCUUCUGGCCCAAUUUCUACCAGCUGGUGUUUGAAGUUGUGACGUCAGGUGAACGGGGUUUGUUGGCCAUCAAAGGAAUCUCUCAUCAGGGGCAUCAGUGCAUGAACACACCUCAUUUCCUGCACAUUAAAGGUGUGGAAGUGAACGCCAGACAGACGGCCACAUUUCAGUGCACCAUUAACGGACAACCCAAAGAUCACAUCAACUACAAACUCUGGCUACAGGGCAUCGGAGGACGCGAGGCACCGAUGAAAGAUGCCAAACCUGUGAACACCAGACGCUACACGGGCACAUUUGAUAUUGUCAACACCACGAAAGAAGACUCGGGCCGGUAUCGCUGUAUCGUCCGAUCUGAAAAAGGAGUGGGAGUGUCCAGUUACGGCGCUCUGGUGGUGAAACAGCCUCCGAUCCCCAUCGCUCCCCCUCAGCUGACCGCCGUGGGCGCCACCUACCUGUGGAUCCAACUCAACGCCAACUCCAUCAACGGCGACGGCCCCAUCGUCGAGAAAGAGGUGGAGUACCGCACGCUGUCCGGCAGCCUCAUCGACAACCAACCCGUCGACAAAUCAAACCACAAGAUCGGUCACCUGGACCCCGACACCGAGUAUGAGAUCAGCGUCCUCCUCACCAGACCAAACGAGGGAGGAACCGGAGCGCCAGGACCGCCGCUCAGGGCCAGAACCAAGUGUGCAGACCCGAUGCACGGCCCUCGUAAACUGGAGGUGGUGGACAUCAAAUCGAAGCAGUUCACCGUUCGCUGGGAGCCGUUCGGCUACAACGUGACGCGUUGCUAUAGCUACAAUCUGACGGUGCAGUACCGUUACACGGCGAACGGCAAAGAGGAGACGAGAGAUGAAAUGUGUUACGAUAUUCUCAGCGUGUCGCCGCAGCACACGAUUCGUAACCUUCCGCCGUACACCAACGUCAGCGCUAAACUAGUGCUGCGAAACCACGAGGGCGUCAAAGAGAGCAAAGAACUCAACGUUCUGACGGAUGAAGACGUGCCUGGCGCCGUGCCGCUGGAAUCCAUCCAGGGAAGCACGUAUGAGGAGAAGAUCUCUUUCAAAUGGAGGGAACCGGUUCAGACGUACGGAAUAAUCAAACAGUAUGAAGUCUUCUAUAAGGCCGUGAGCUCAUUUGACCCAGAGUUCAAUCUGUCCAAUCAGAGCGGGAAGAUCUUUAAGCUCGGUAACGAGACGUCUCACGUGUUCGUGGGUCUGUAUCCCGGUUCGACGUACUCGUUCACCGUCAGAGCCAGCACGGUGAAAGGAUACGGGCCGCCCACCAUCACGCAGUUCACAACCAAGAUCUCACCGCCGCGGAUGCCGGGAUACGAGCAGGAGACGCCGCUGAAUCAGACCGACAGCACAGUGACAGUCCUGCUGAAACCGGCUCAGAGUCGAGGAGCACCUGUCAGUGUGUAUCAGGUCGUUGUUGAAGAGGAGCGCCCGCGCCGUUCACGGAGAGCGGCAGAGAUCCUGCGCUGUUACCCGAUCCCCAUUCACUUCCAGAACGCCUCCGUACUCAACUCGCAGUACUACUUCACAGCCGAGUUCCCCGCCGCUCGCAUACAGGCCCCGAUGCCCUUCACGGUCGGUGACAACCGCACGUAUGACGGAUACUGGAACAUGCCACUGCUGCCCCAUAAGAGCUACAGCAUCUACUACCAGGCUGUGAGCACGGCCAACGGGGAAACCAAAAUCGAUUGUGUUCGUGUGGCCACUAAAGCUGCCAUUAUAGUGACUCAGCUCACCACACCGUAUGUGCGUAUCGCACCGGCAUCUGGCGACAACCAACUAACAGGUGCUGCCACCAGGAAGCCCGACACCGUGGAACCAGAGAAGCAGACGGAUCACACGGUGAAGAUCGCCGGCGUCAUCGCUGGCAUCCUCCUCUUCGUCAUCAUCUUCCUCGGCGUGGUGCUGGUCAUGAAGAAACGGAGAACCUAUCACUCCUACACUUACUACCUAAAACUGGCGAAGAAGCGCAAGGAGACGUUGAGCAGCACGCGGCAGGAGAUGACGGUGAUGGUGAAUUCGAUGGACAAGAGUUACGCUGAGCAGGGCACCAGCUGUGAUGAAGCCAUCUCAUUCAUGGACACUCACAACCUCAACGGCAGACCUGUCUCCUCGCCGUCCUCGUUUACCAUGAAGACUAACACACUGAGCACCUCCGUGCCAAACUCCUACUACCCAGACCCUUUUGUGCCAACUGCUAUCUUAGAUGAGAAUCACACCAUGAACAGCGAAACCAGCAGUCUGGUCCAGUCGCACACUCACUCCUUUAAGAAACGUGAAGCUGUGGACGUCCCGUACCAGACCGGACAGCUUCAUCCGGCGAUCCGUGUAGCGGAUCUGCUACAACACAUCACGCAGAUGAAAUGUGCCGAGGGUUACGGCUUCAAAGAGGAAUACGAGAGUUUUUUCGAAGGCCAGGCGGCGCCGUGGGACUCUGCGAAAAAAGACGAGAACAGGAUGAAGAAUCGCUACGGCAACAUCAUCGCAUAUGACCACUCGCGUGUCAGACUGCAGCCUGUGGAGGGAGAGCAGAGCUCAGAUUACAUUAAUGCAAAUUAUGUUGAUGGGUACCAUCGUCCAAAUCAUUACAUCACUACACAAGGUCCCAUGCAGGAGACCAUCUACGACUUCUGGAGGAUGAUUUGGCAGGAGAACACGGCAACCAUCGUCAUGGUUACAAACCUGGUAGAAGUCGGCCGGGUGAAAUGUUGCAAGUAUUGGCCCGAUGACACAGAAAUCUACAGGGACAUGAAAGUGACACUGAUCGAAACGCAACUGCUGUCUGAAUACGUGAUUCGCACCUUCGCUGUGGAAAAGCGAGGAGCUCAUGAGAUCCGAGAGAUCCGGCAGUUUCAUUUCACGGGCUGGCCGGAUCACGGAGUGCCGUAUCACGCCACCGGACUGCUCGGCUUCGUGCGCAGAAUUAAAGCCAAGAGUCCAGCGAACGCCGGGCCGAUGGUCAUCCACUGCAGUGCUGGGGCGGGACGCACCGGCUGCUUCAUCGUCAUUGACAUCAUGUUGGACAUGGCGGAGCGCGAGGGCGUCGUUGACAUCUACAACUGCGUGAGGGAACUGCGAUCUCGAAGAGUCAACAUGGUGCAGACGGAGGAGCAGUAUGUGUUCAUCCAUGACGCCAUCUUGGAGGCGUGUCUUUGUGGAGACACCACAAUCCCGGCCAAUCAGCUUCGCUCAGUCUAUUAUGACAUGAACCGACUCGACCCACAAACCAACUCCAGCCAGAUCAAAGAGGAGUUCAGAACGUUAAAUAUGGUGACGCCCACGUUACGCGUGGAGGACUGUAGUAUCGCACUGUUGCCGCGCAACCACGAGAAAAACCGAUGCAUGGACGUGCUGCCGCCGGACCGCUGCCUGCCGUUCCUCAUCACCAUCGACGGAGAGAGCAGCAACUACAUCAACGCAGCGCUCAUGGAUAGCUACAAACAGCCAUCUGCGUUCAUCGUUACCCAGCAUCCUCUGCCCAACACAGUGAAGGAUUUCUGGCGUCUGGUGCUGGAUUACCACUGCACAUCUAUAGUGAUGCUGAACGACGUCGACCCGGCACAGUUGUGUCCGCAGUACUGGCCUGAGAAUGGAGUUCACCGUCACGGGCCGCUCCAGGUGGAGUUUGUGUCGGCUGAUCUGGAGGAGGACAUCAUCAGCAGAAUAUUCCGCAUCUACAACGCCGCACGGCCGCAGGACGGGUAUCGGAUGGUGCAGCAGUUCCAGUUUUUGGGUUGGCCGAUGUACCGCGACACGCCCGUGUCCAAACGCUCCUUCCUCAAGCUCAUCAGACAGGUGGAUAAAUGGCAGGAGGAGUAUGACGGAGGAGAGGGACGGACUGUAGUGCACUGUCUUAACGGGGGCGGUCGCAGCGGGACGUUUUGUGCGAUCAGUAUCGUGUGUGAGAUGUUGCGACACCAGCACUCGGUUGACGUCUUUCAUGCUGUUAAAACACUGAGAAACAACAAACCCAACAUGGUGGAUCUACUGGAUCAGUAUAAGUUCUGUUAUGAAGUGGCGCUGGAAUACUUGAAUUCUGGGUAAAUUGUGUGGAAGCUGCUCCCUCUUAUUAUUGACCCCUGACCUCCUCCAAAUCCCUGGACACUAAAACACCUGAAUGUUUGAAACUGGAGCGGACCGUGCUGGAGGAGAGCUGCUGAAUCCAGCGUAUCCGAGACGCUCGUUCUGUUUCUCCGGAGCGGACGAGACUCUCCCAGAUAAACUCUGUGUGUCCCGCACUCGUCUCCUCGCCUCUGUGUGUCCCGCACUCGUCUCCUCGCCUCUGUGUGUCCCGCACUCGUCUCCUCGCCUCUGUGUGUCCCGCACUCGUCUCCUCGCCUCUGUGUGUCCCGCACUCGUCUCCUCGCCUCUGUGUGUCCCGCACUCGUCUCCUCGCCUCUGUGUGCUCGUAUCAACACUCCAGUAUUCAUCUGUCACGAGUUUCAGCGCAGUCGUCUUUUCAUCCACUUCUCAAACGUCUUUUUUGCCCAUCGUAUGAUCGCAUCACGUCUGUGUGGAAUGCGCCGUCACGUGGAUUUGUAUAUUUUAUAUCAUCGCUUUUAAAUGUUUGUUUUUGUACUUCUAUUAAUUCUUGGCAUGUCCAGUGAAAUCAUACGUGGCCGUCAGAGCGCUCAUAUUAACGUGUUUUGUCGCCAUCUCACAAGAUUGAAAAAACUGCUGAAAUAAAUGAUCCACACGCUGAAACGUCCCGUCAGAGACCCAAAGCUUGUUCCUGUGAUCUUUAUGUUGAUACUGUAAAUAGCUGAAGUUCACCAGAUAAUUUAUUCAUUGGACUUUGUGACAAUCAUGUGUUAAUUUGGUCGUUAUUAUCGGAAGGACUCGACAAUAAUGGUGACCAGAUUGUGUUAACUUUUUAUUUAUCUGGUAUGAAAAUGAAACAUAUAAAUACAUAUCUAUA